AUGUCAUAUGGCUCAGGAGGAGCAGAGUGUGAUGUGCACACGGCGGAGGAGGUCCACAAUCGAUAUCAACCACCGAAAGCCCCUGAAAUGAACAAUUGCUCAACUACAUAUUCUGCACGAUUACGUAGCCGAAUGAAGCAGCCCGUCUAUACGUCAGAUAAAAGGGCGAAAUUCACGCAAAGGGAAAGCAAAAAGUGGAUACGGUUUGUAACAGUGCUUGGCUACAUAUUUUUCGUUUCUCUACCAGCCAUCUCUCUAAGCAUUUAUUAUGUCUAUAUAUGGGAUCCAGGAUACAUCAAUAAGUUCCCACCAGAGGUGUUCAACAGCUCUAAUAACCCUGUAUAUAUUGCUCCAGUAGUUCCCAUUCGCCCGGAAAGAGAUACUUCAAACUCUCAAAGGCCAUCUGGCUUAGGUGCGGUUCACGACGAGGUCGUCGAGCAGCUGUGCCCGAAUUGCAAACGUCAAAAUGUUGACCUCGCAACUAUUCUGGCAGAAGGCACAAAAUCCAUGGAAACAUCUGUUGAAUCGUCCAACACUCCUACACCAGGGCCGGAUCUUCGCAUAAGCACCUGAACCCAAUUCCUUUCAAGAAUUUACUUCACCUAUUGUAAAAUACAUAUUUCAGCACUGGUUUGUUCCUUCUAUAAUAAUUGGUGCUACGAGUAGUAGAACAUAAUCUCGCUAUUUUACGUCACUUCACAUGAUACUAAUUGUUCCAACUCUGAAAAAAGUUCAAAAUUUAUUUUAUUUUUCGAAUUUUU